ACUCUCUAAAGUUUACCCUAACACCGGGCUGAAUGGUCGAUUCCUAGCAGGGCUAACGCUGACCUUUGACUCAACCCAUUAAUUCUAUCCUUAAGAUUAAAUCUUAUUCUGAGUAAACCUGUGGCGCCAGACCGGCUAAAUAAAGGUCUGAGGAUUACCAUCACGCAACAGCCUCGCCAGAGAUCUCGGUUUGCCUGGAGGUCACUGGUCUUUCGCUCUGCCUCCUCUCACCUGGCAGGUGAUGACCUGCCCUCCUCGAGGCCAAGCAGUCAUGGAGCACGGCGGAGCACGCGCCGGCUCACCUCCAGGUAGUGGCGCCGGCGCAAACAUGUCCCUCCGCGGGUCAGGGGCGCGUGAACCCCCGGUGGUGCGCGGAACGGGAUGGCUCUUCUCCCCACUGUGGAGUCCCCGCUCCAAGAGGCGCGGAGAGAAUUUUGGAGGCGAAAUGUCAAGCGACCAGGCGUGGCUGGACGAUCACUCCGACUUUACCAGGGCCUACUUUUCACGGAGAUCAUCGGCGGUGAGUGUCCACCCAGCAGAUAUGUCUCCACGGAUGUCACCCAGAAUCCCCAGGAGCACUUCAGACCAUUCUAAGCUACUCGCCGUGGCUCCUCACCGCAGAACGUCCCUUCCUGUUUCCUGCUCACACCUUGACAUCUCUCCUCAGAGAGACAGGCUCCAUCCCUUCUGUUCAAACCUCAGUCCCCCUGACUGGAUGGAUCACUUGUGUCACUCCCCUUGCGCACCCCGCCCUUCUCGGUCCUCUCGUUCCUGUCUGUCUCCCUGCAGACCCCUGUCUGCAAUAUGCCCUCAGUCUCCUGACUUGCUGUGCACUCCAAAGAUUUUACCCCCUGUUUCGUCCAAAACUCCAGCCUGUGGGCGCAGUGAAGGAUGCCCGUGGAUGGCGGGUCUCCUAGGAGGUGGCCUGACAUGGAUGGGAUCCGUGGCAGAGCUCUGUCAAGGAGCUGUUGACCAUGUUGGUGAGCUACUGACAGCCGAAAAGGGUUCCCUCUCUCUUGUUAAAAAAGACUGUGACGAAAAGAGCAGCUUGGAAGAGGUGGUUGCCUUAACGCCACUUGGGGGCUGGAGUGAGCACAGCCUGCACUGCCAAGCACAUCAGGAGCUGCUGAAGGGUGUCAUGGAAUGUGUCUUGGCAAGAGAUGCACCAAUGAACCUGAGAAAUGCAUCUGAGGACUUUAGAUUCAACCUGGAUAACAACCAGUCAUCAAACAUCAAGACAGUUUUAAGUGUUCCCAUCAAGAACCACAGGGGAGAGGUGGUUGGCGUGGUAGUUAUGAUAAAUAAAAGAAGUAUCUGCGAUGGGUCGCUUUCUGCCUUCACCAGUUUGGAUGAAAAGGUGUUAUCCAAUCACAUGGAUGUGCUGGGAAUGGUUCUGGAUAACAUCCAGCUGUAUGAGAGUUCAAGACAAGAAGCGAAACGCAGUCACGCUUUGAUCAAGAUGGCACAGGUGUUAUCAAGGGAGCACCAUUCUUUUGAAGUUCUGCUGAGUAAGAUGGCCGCCACCAUCAUGCCGUUCACGUGUGCUCAGUACUGCACCAUCUUCAUCCCUGCAGAUCAAACAUCAGUCAUUGACAACAAGGUUACAUUUUCACGUGUUAUACACUUGGAGUGCGAGGAACUUGGAUCAACUUGUCAAAUCUACAGAAGGGAAGGCGACAUCACUGACAUUGAUCCGUCAUAUGCAUGUCAAACACUGAAGACUAUGAAGACGCUGAAUAUGGCGAAAUGUUCUGAAGAAUCCAUAAGAAGUAUUAUCUGCUGUCCUGUUAGAAAUGAGAGGUCUGAAAAUGUAAUCGCUGUGUGCCAGCUGACGAAUAAGCAGAGCAAAGACUCUGAUGACUUGGAAGCUUUCAACAGAUAUGAUGAGUGUCUCUUGGAAGACCUGGCGGUCUACUGUGGCUUGGCCUUACAAUACUCGGAGGCUGUCCACAUCACAGAGGUGCGACGAGCCAGUAUAAAGGUCACACAGGAGGUUCUGGCCUACCACAUCACUGCAGCAGAGCAGGAAAUUCAGGCACUGCAGGAAGCUGCCAUUCCAUCUGCUGACUCCUUAAAUAUUUUGGACUUCAAUUUCUCUGAUUUCGGUUUGCCCGAAGACCUGACUGCUCAGGCCACCAUUCGCAUGUUUCUGGACCUGAACUUGGUGCAAGAGUUUAGCAUUGAUUACAAGAGCUUGUGUCAGUGGGUUCUGACUGUGAGACGAGGCUACAGGAACAAUGUACCGUAUCACAACUGGAGCCAUGCACUGUGCACUGCGCAGAGCAUGUUCGCUAUGCUCAUGGCAACAGACCAGCUCCAUAACAUUUUUUCCCGUUUGGAGAUUUUGGCAUUGAUGAUCGCCACCCUUAACCAUGACAUUGACCACAGAGGAGUAAAUAAUUCCUAUAUAGAAAGGACUAAGCAGCCGUUAGCUCAGUUGUAUGGACACUCCUCCCUGGAGAACCAUCAUUAUAACCUUUGCCUCUUCAUUCUAAGCAAUACUGGCAGUCAGAUACUCAGCAGUUUGUCAUCAGAAGAUCACAGGACGGUGCUUCACAUGGUCAAAAGGGCAAUCCUUGCCACCGACCUGAACGUCUACAUGCAAAGAAGAAAGGAGUUCUUUUCCCUUGUUGAGAAAAACAGAAUGAAAUGGAAAUGUGAGAAGCAAAGAGAUUUACUAAGGUCAAUGCUGAUGACAGCUAGUGACCUUUCUGCUAUCGCAAAGCCUUGGCCUGAACAAAAAAGAAUCGCCAACCUGGUCGCCAUGGAGUUCUUUGCACAAGGGGACAAAGAGAGAGAAGAGUUCAAAAUCAGACCCAUUGACAUAAUGAACAGAGAAAACAGCACACGCCUGCCACACAUGCAAGUAGAGUACAUCGAUGAGAUCUGCUACCCACUCUACAAGGCUGUGUCCCAACUGUUUGACGCCUGCUCUCCUCUGAGAGACGGAUGUGUGAAGAACAGAGAAAACUGGCUGCACUUUGCUGAGGACACUGAGGAGGAGGAGCAUGGCAGAAAUGCUUGAAAACAAUCUAAAGGAAAUGAGGAGGACACUCAGACAAAGGAGAAUCUGGAGAGGAAGAUGUGAUGUUAAAGGAUUUCAAGAAAUUCUCGUAUCAAGCAGCUGCUUUCCUUUUUUUUUUUUUCUUUGACACAACAUGCCUAAAAACUUAGAUGGAGCCCAUCAUUAGCUGUAAUCUAAUGCUACAGUAUGUGCCACGUGGUAACAAAUUUAGAAUUCAUGAUGCUGCAUUUCUAGUUUAUAAUGUGUCUAUUUAUUGUUGUGUUAUGUUUUUUGUGAAACUGAGUAUUUCUGCCAAAUUAGUUCAAUUUUCCACUCUGCAGUCUAUUUGAAGGCCUUCUUUAUCACAGCUAAAAUGAGGUUUAGAAAUUUCAACUGGUGUUCAUUGCUGACCAUAUCCUAAACUGUAAAGAUCUGAUAACAAAUAUGAUUUACUAUUGAAAAAAAUACCUAAUAGUUCAAAAUAUUUUACUUAAAAGCAAAGUAUGAAAUUAGUAUUUGGUUGUUUAUUUUACUUGACCAUUAUUAAACUGCUUUUUUAUCUAGUAUAGUCUGUUAACUAAUGCAACAAUAGCCAUAAAAUGUCAGCCUUUGUCUGAGGUUAAAUUAGAAAAAAUAAAUCUGUCUUUUUUGUCCACUGAAAAACCACAAAUUAGUUUCUUGUCACUGUUUUUUAUGUGGGAUUUCUUGUGAUGUAAUGCAAGAA